AGCGUGGUCGGGCAUCCUUGGUCAGGGGUCCGAAUGCGCGAAAGUCAAAGUGUCUGCUUCGAUGCUCGGUACAAUUCUCAAUUCAUCAUUUACAACUUCGAAAUCCAAAUAAGGGAAAUCAACAAUAAGGAACCACCUUUGACUUCCCACCUCUUCUAGCUACAUAUAUCUCCCUUGAAAGCCAUAUCUAUCAUUUGCUUCUUCGCUCUAUAAGACUUUCCUCUUACCGUCCCGAAUAGGGACAAAAAGCUACGGCCCAAGAUGGAUUUCAAUAGUCUCAAAGACCAGGUGUCCAAUCUGACCCUUUACGACCUCAAGGCUGGUGUUCGUAAAGUCCAAAAUGCUGUUAUGAACUACACCGAAAUGGAAGCCAAGGUUCGAGAAGCUACUAAUAACGAACCAUGGGGCGCAUCAUCAACAAUCAUGCAAGAAAUCGCCAAUGGCACUUUUAACUACCAAACCCUUAAUGAAAUUAUGCCCAUGAUCUAUCGACGAUUCACCGAGAAGGCUGCCGAAGAAUGGAGACAGAUUUAUAAAGCGCUUCAGUUGCUCGAAUUCCUUAUCAAGCACGGCUCCGAGCGAGUCAUUGAUGAUGCGCGAGGCCACAUUACACUUCUAAAGAUGCUGCGACAAUUCCACUUCAUCGAUCAGAACGGUAAAGAUCAAGGUAUCAACGUACGUAAUCGCGCGAAGGAGCUUGCAGAACUUUUAGGCGACGUCGAGCGAAUCCGAUCCGAGCGGAAAAAGGCUAGAGCCAACAAGGCCAAAUAUACUGGUGUUGAAGGUGGUACCAUGGGAGGGUUCUCCGGCAGCAGCGGUCGCUAUGGUGGUUUUGGCAGCGAAUCCAGCGGCUACGGAGGUUCGUCUGCGGGAUACGGCGGGUUCUCUGGUGGUGUUUACGGAGACGGCGGUGGAUUUGGGGGUCAGUCCGACGACUGGAGGGACAGCGGCGCGAAUCGCGCGGAUAAGUUCGAGGAGUAUGAUGAAUUUGACGAAGGGACUGCACCUUCGAGUUCGUCUCGAGCAAAGCGACCUGAAAGGAGUGAGAGAAUGGGCGUUAAGAAGACCACUCCUACCGAGCCCCCGAAGAAAAAAGAACCCGAAGUCGACCUUUUCUCCUUUGACGACCCUGAACCUGCACCAGCUGCCACGACUUCUGCCCAUGCGCAUACCCCAUCCAACGGAUCCGCCGCUUUGGCUUCUCUAUCGACGUCAAACACUAAUGAUGACGAUGACUUCGACGAUUUCCAGUCAGCAACACCCGCACCCGCGAACAACAUUGGCGUUCCUCCCCCUAUGGUGACGUCGAGCGCCCAAUCUACCGCGCAGCUUGCCCAGCCGAAGCCUCUAUCGGGACCGCAGCAAGUUAAUCUUAGUGGUAUGAUGUCGUCAAUUUCACCGCCCGGAAGUUCUACUACAACACCUGCAGCAAAUUAUUCGUCUUUUAGCAUCCCUGCAGCGACCACCGGCAUAGCUGCCCAAGCGCCAAAGCCAGCAACUACUUACCAGGCGGCACAACCUAAUUACUACCAGUCUGUCCAAGUAGCCCAGCCAACUGGUUCAUCAAUUUCCGCCAUGUCAUCCGCGUCAGGGGUAUCUACGCCAUCUGGUCUAUCAGCGCUCAACAAGCCAGCGGCUCCAGCUGCGGCCAAAGCGUCCGCUGGAAGUGAUCCGUUCGCAAAUCUAUGGGGUCAGGCCGGUUCUGGCAUAAAGAAAGCAAGCACACCUGUUGCUGGUCCGAAAAUGGGCCAACUUGCCAAAGAGAAAACCAGUGCUUCCCUUUGGGGCGCUCCAGCAGCAGGUGCACCAAAGCCCGCUAACAACUCUCAACCUAGCGGUGGGAGCAGUGGCUUAGACGAUCUAUUAGGAUAAAGGACUGGUCUAACCUAUUGUAAGACCAUGGCCACGGCCGACAUGAUGUAAACCAAAGUUGAAUUGCUCUGUAUAUCGCAUUGGCAAUGCUGGCAACCUGUAAUUAAAGGUUGAUUUAGACCUAAAAAAGCCAAUGAAUGGCGAAUGUUCUUUUUUUUUCUUCUUGUCUUGGUGGAUAGCUGAAUGAAUCAACUCAGCUCGACGUAUUUGCGAAAAGGCGUCGGGGAGUCGAAAAGACUAGGAACAACGAAAUAAGAUCAAGUUGCAUAAUCAUAGCCUUCGUCUGUUGAAUCAUUCUGGGUGGCUGGACAUUUGACAUAUUGUAGGGAAAAGAAAAAUUUUCAAGCGACUAAAGGACAAUCGUCGUAUGAUAGAUAUCAUGUUGUCUCACCUGUUACAAUAUCAUAGCAUGACAUAUUUGAUACGACAUGCUACGACAUGCUAAUUGACGUUAGGGAUAUACAUACCUAAGUACACAAGUCGUGGACGUUUCAGGUCGGGAUCGAGUUGACGAUAAUAGGUCCUUUGAGCAUCACUACUCAAGGUAGACGGCUCUACUUAAUCUCCAC